AUAUUAUAAUGUAAAUACUGAACUCGUGUAGAAUAAUCAAAUUAAUUUAUCAAAUUUUCGACUAGAAUAAGCCUUACAAUAUGAAUGAUUUCACUCUGAAGUCGAUAGCCCCGGAUUUAGCUCCGGCCAAUUAUUUGUUACUGGCGAAUAAUGCUCGAGUGCAUCGCGACAAGCAAAUUAAGCUUCUGUUAGAAAAAAAAAAACUUCCGGACGAUGGUUGGGAUAAUACUACAAUUGAAUAUUUCAUCGGUGAGCUUUCUUUGAUGGACAGUAACAAUUUCCCUAGUCGUUACGGUGUUGGUGAACGAGAGGGUAGAAUCGCAUGUGAUAUGGUACGCCAAAGACACUACAACUUUGCUCACGGUAUCGGACGAUCUGGCAAUCUGACAGAGCCCCAACCGAAAGCCACAGGAUCUACGAUAAUGAGUAAUUUAACCAAUAGCCUUAUGUUAGACUUAAUUCACGAAGUGGGCAUACACAGCUGUAAACGGGCAAUACUGGUUCCUCUGGCUACGGGCAUGGCGGUAAUGAUGACACUUCUUGCAUUGAAGACAAAAAGACCCCAGGCACAGUACGUGUUAUGGUCCAGAAUUGAUCAAAAGUCUUGCUUUAAAAGUAUUCAGACUGCUGGACUGAUACCAGUGGUCAUUGACACUAUUCCAGUGGAGGAAAACGGUGAUGGCAUGCUUGGAACUAAUCUGAAAGAAUUUCAGAAACAAAUCGAAAUACUUGGAGCAAGCAAUAUUUGCUGUGUGCUAUCGACGACAAGCUGUUUUGCACCUAGAACAUGUGAUAAUAUCGUAGAAUUAGCUAGUUUAUGCCAGGGUCAUAACAUUCCCCAUGUAGUCAAUAACGCCUAUGGGCUGCAGAGUACCUUCUUAACACACCAGUUGGAACAAGCAGCUCGAACUGGACGGGUGGAUGCGUUUAUUCAAAGUACCGACAAAAAUUUGCUGGUUCCAGUCGGCGGAGCAGUCAUCGCAAGCUUUGAUCAAACAGUUGAUCUUGUCUCAGAAUCAUAUCCUGGGAGGGCAUCGAGUUCGCAAACUCUAGACGUACUUAUGACCCUAUUGUCGCUGGGAAAGAAAGGUUAUCGGGCACUAGUUGCGGAGCGGAAAGAGUUACAUCAAUACCUGUUGGCACAGAUGACAACAGUAGCGAAAACCUAUGCAGAGACGUUGAUGUCCGGCAAAAACCCAAUAUCGCUGGCGUUGACAUUGAAAAAUUUUGCUUCGAAUCCGGACAUGAUUGGUUCGAUGUUACACCGGAGAGGUGUUUCCGGUUGUCGAGUAGUGAGAACCGGGAAAGGUUCUAAAACUAUUGGAGGCUACACGUUCCAAUCGUGGGGUGCACACUCUGACCAAGCUGGAGAGCCAUACCUGACGACAAGUGCUGCGCUUGGUGUGAAACGCGUGGAAAUUGACGGGUUCAUUGUCAAAUUAACGCAAGUGUUGCAGGACCGUAUCGCUAGCGAAGCAUUGGUAGCUCAGACAUUGGAUGAAUAAAUUUUGUUGAAUGAUUUA